AAAGAAAAAACGAAAAUAGAAAUAGAGGAGUUGGUCCCAGACAUUGCGAGUACGGACACACACGAUCCCGGUUUCGUGUGUGGUCUGUUUUCAAUCGGUCAUCUCAUUUUGAUUCUCUCUCUCUCUCUCUCAUAAGAUUCCUUUCGCCCUUCUUCUUCUGCUGCUGCUGCUUCUUCUUCACUCUGGUUUUUUGACCAAACAAAAAUGCAGUCGAGCCCGUUGCUCCUCGAGGAACCCAUCAGGAUGGCUUCCAUCCUCGAACCAUCCAAGCCCAGUUUCUUUCCAGCAAUGACAAAGAUUGUUGGUACACUUGGCCCGAAGUCACGGUCAGUCGAUGUGAUUUCCCGUUGUCUUGAGGCUGGAAUGUCUGUGGCAAGGUUUGAUUUCUCAUGGGGUGAUCCAGAAUACCACCACGAGACUUUGGAAAAUUUACGGGCUGCUAUCAAAAGUACCAAGAAACUCUGUGCGGUUAUGCUGGAUACUGUGGGUCCAGAGCUACAAGUUGUCAACAAAAGUGAACACUCAAUUUCCCUUGAAGCUGACACAUUGGUUGUCUUAACUCCUGAUCAGAACAAAGAAGCUACUUCAAAUCUUUUACCUGUAAAUUUUAGUGGGCUAUCAAAGGCUGUGAAGAAGGGUGAUACUAUUUUUAUCGGUCAAUAUCUGUUUACAGGAAGUGAAACAACUUCAGUGUGGCUAGAGGUCAGCGAAGUGAAUGGUGAUGAUGUUACUUGUGUCAUUAAAAAUUCUGCUACUCUUGCUGGGUCACUGUAUACUUUACAUGUCUCUCAAAUUCGUAUCGAUCUUCCCACUCUUGCUGCUAAGGAUAAGGAGGUAAUAAGCACUUGGGGUGUUCAAAAUAAUAUAGACUUCCUUUCAUUAUCAUACACCAGACAUGCUGAAGAUGUUCGCCAUGCCCGUGAAUUUCUCUCUAAAUUAGGUGACCUCAAACAGACCCAGAUCUUUGCAAAGAUUGAAAAUAUAGAGGGACUGACACAUUUUGAUGAGAUAUUGCAAGAAGCCGAUGGUAUCAUCCUUUCACGUGGAAAUUUGGGGAUAGAUCUUCCACCAGAGAAGGUGUUUUUAUUCCAAAAAGCUGCUAUUUACAAAUGUAACAUGGCUGGAAAACCCGCUGUUGUCACACGAGUGGUAGACACUAUGACUGAUAACCUUAGACCUACUCGUGCUGAAGCAACAGAUGUUGCCAAUGCAGUGCUCGAUGGUAGCGAUGCAAUUGUUCUUGGGGCAGAGACUUUGCGGGGAUUAUACCCUGUAGAGACUAUUUCCAUUGUUGGAAAAAUUUGUGCUGAGGCAGAGAAAGUUUAUAAUCAAGAUUUAUAUUUCAAGAAGGCUGUCAGAUAUGUGGGAGAGCCAAUGACUCAUUUGGAGUCAAUAGCUUCCUCUGCGGUUCGUGCUGCCAUCAAGGUUAAGGCUUCUGUUAUUAUUUGCUUUACUUCAUCCGGAAGGGCUGCAAGGUUGAUUGCCAAGUACCGACCAACCAUGCCUGUGAUAUCUGUUGUCAUUCCUCAACUGAAGACAAAUCAACUUCGAUGGACUUUUACUGGAGCUUUUGAGGCAAGGCAAUCACUCAUUGUGAGAGGUCUUUUUCCAAUGCUCGCAGACCCACGACAUCCAGCUGAGUCUAAAAGUGCAACAAAUGAAUCGAUUUUGAAGGUUGCUUUAGACCAUGGCAAGGCUUAUGGUAUCAUAAAGCCACAUGAUCGUGUUGUUGUUUGCCAGAAAGUUGGUGACUCCUCAGUUGUGAAGAUUAUUGAGCUUGACGAUUAGAACUUGGAUCAUGUUCAAGGUUGCAUUAUAAGAUUUCUUCUUUGUUAUUUUCUGUUGUAUGUGUAAUAAUGAAAACAAUUAUAAGGUAUCUUAUAAUGUGUUUUGAUAAUUACAUCGGAAGAAUUGCACUUGGUGAAUGGAUAUCAUCCAUUGCCGGCAAACAAGAGAUUGAAACAUAACACCACUUACCCUUUUGUCAGUACAAAUGCAAGUUCAUUACCCGUAGAUAGAUACGUAUAGAUUGAUUCCUCCACGUGUCUCCCUACUUUUACGUGCUUGCUUCUAUCAUGUAUUGGAUAAUUAGCAAUGUAUAUUACUGAUUUGUCACAAAUAAUUUCAUAAGCCCACGCCAUUCGAUCUUCUAUGCUUUCUACAAUGGUCCUGGUAUUUCUAUGACCAUGAAUGUUCUGUUGAAUUAUAGCCAUCGACGGAAUAAUUAAAAGAACCUAUUGUUAUAAGGUAAUCUGUUAUUCAGGUUGCAUUGUAGAAGUUUUGAAAAUUGCUUCUUUGUUGUAAAAAUUAUUACUGAGGUGACUUGUUGAGAACUUGCUAAAAUUAUGAAGUUGUCCUUGUGGACAUUUUAAUGAAAUGUAUACAAGAUUUUAUUAAUAUAGUGUAAUGAUUG